AUGGCAGGCGUCACCAACACAAUUAUCGUAACGUCAAAUGCAGACAAUGUGCUCGACAAGACUGAGCCGUUGAAGCGGUGGCUCUCCGACAAGGUGCUCACCAACAUACCCAUAACCUCGCGCAAUCCCGUCGAGAUGGUCGUGCUGAGAGACUUCCAAAGAGUGAUGAUCAUAAGCCCGACAAGAGAGGCCUCACAAGAGAUACUGCGGGCGUUGCAGAACGGCGGGACGCCGUUCUGCCUCGCCUACGCCUACUCGCAGACAGACACCUGCGACCGCGACUCGCCAGAUUACCUGACGGUCCCCAAGAGUGAAAAAAUGUUCCUGAUAUCCCCGCCGAGCUCGCCUCCGCCUGAGUUCGACUACGCGCGCUGCGAGCAGCCCCCGCCGCCGUCCCACGUCCAAGGGCUGCCCCACGCCGAAGGCAGCGAGUUUCUCACUUUGCUCGACAACAAGAUCGCCAGCAUCGCGCUGCAACUAUGCGACACAGAACAACCGCCCGGUCCCCGGACAAGCUCGUACCGCCGCACAGCACGCCCGCCACAGUCCUCGCGACCUCCUGGUGGCCCCAGCGACCUCAGACCGCCGCUCUAG